AUCUGUGUACAAUUUGUGACGGCGAGGUUACGGCGAAGAUACGGCGGCGAUUAACGGCGGCAAAUGUGAGGUGGAUUGAUUAGUUGAUCAAGCGAGUGAAGAAAUGGGAGAAGAAGUAAUUGCGAAGAAGAGCUACCCCAAAAGACUUGAUGCUGCAGGGAAAGCACCAAUGAAGGGAAGGAGCAUGCAUAUUAACUGCACCUUGGAUAGUUUAGCAAAAUUGAAAGAGAAGAUUGGGGAAGAUGCUUACUCUCAGAUACGUGAUCAGUCUAAAGUGGGAGUAUUGUUGAAGCUUGCUGACAGUUCUUUUGUAUGGUGGGGAAAGCUUGUGCAUCACCUGUUAACUCAUCAAUUGGCAAUUAGUAGGCCAUAUGAGAUUUGGUGUCUCAUUGAAGGGAGUCCAAUAAGGUUUUCGCUUCAUGAAUAUGAAGAUAUAACUGGUUUGAAUUGUGCGGAAAUUGAUGUAGAGGACAUAGUGGCGGUUGACCACAGAGAGUUUUGGGGAGAUUUAAAGGUGGCUGCAGAGAAGGGGCCGAACUGGAAUGAGUUGGAGUCAGCAUUAAAAAGUUGUAGGAGUUGGAGUUUAGAAAAGAGGAAGAUGCUUGGUCUGUUGGUCGUGGUGCAUGUAGGUAUAUUGGGGAUAUCUAGGUCAAGUAGGAUACCUUUGGACUAUGCCAAGAGAGUGCUUGACACAGAGGCAUUUGAGAGAUUUCCAUGGGGUCGAGUUGGAUUUAAGGAGCUUAUUACUUCAAUAAAAGUUUUGAGUUAUGAUAGAACUUCAUAUGCUAUCCAUGGCUGUCCGCAUGUCCUGAAUAUAUAG